AUGCACUUCGGCCUCACCACAACGCCUUUCUCCCUCCUCCUCCUCGCCGCCACCAGCACAGUCCGAGCCUGGGACCACGGCACCGAAGCACAAAACUUCGCCUGUCCCCCCGAAGACAUCAUCAACACGCGCUGUCUCGGGAAAGGCGUACGUUCUUCUUUCCCCUUCUCCCUUUCUCCCUUUCUCCCCCUUACCUCAGGAAAGAAAAAACCUCCUCACCAUCAGACCUCUCUUUUCCUUUCUUUCGGCUAACUCUUGUCGCAAACAGGACUGCCUCUAUCAAAACCUCCAAGGCUGCGACUCGUACAUCCAAUGCGACCCGAUCGACGUCACCAAGGGCACCGCGAAGCCCAUCAUCAUGCACUGCCCGCGGGGGUUGGAGUGGAAUGAUGUCAAGAAGCAGUGUGAUGACCAUGAACAUACGACGUGUUAUGAGCAUUGGAAUCAUUGGUUGCCGGAGUUGUGA